GUAGUAUUGAUAAGCUGGAUAAGCUGAAUUUUGUCAUCCAAAUAUAUCUUCCUUAAAAUAUAGCAUUCCCUGGUGAGAUGGGACUUAUAAAAAUUCUCCCAGGGCCCAAAAUGGUAGCAGUUUGAUGGCACACAAGUUCUUGCCUUUCUUAAUUCAAAACAAGGAGAGGAAAAAAGCUUUAGAGGAGAAUGUGGUGAUGAGAUUAAUAUCGCUGUUGUUCAGCCCUGGAUGAGAACGAUAUUGUGGUAUUGAAACGCUAUGGACAAGGUGCUUAUACGGAACAGUUGAAACAGCUCGAGUCCGAUAUCGAAGAAUGCGUUAAAAAAGUGAAUGAGUUAUCUGGUGUGAAAGAAAGUGAUACAGGACUUGCACCACCAGCCUUAUGGGACAUAGCUGCCGAUAAGCAAGCAAUGCAGAGUGAGCAACCUCUCCAGGUUGCACGAUGUACGAAAAUAAUAACAUCAGCGGGACAUGAGCCGCGCUAUUUGAUAAAUGUCAAACAGUUUGCCAAGUUUGUGGUAGAUCUUGCAGACACCGUUGCACCAACUGAUAUUGAAGAAGGCAUGCGUGUUGGUGUGGACCGCAACAAAUAUCAGAUUCAUCUUCCUUUACCAGCGAAGAUUGAUCCUUCGGUUACGAUGAUGCAGGUUGAGGAGAAGCCAGACGUUACUUACGCCGAUGUAGGCGGCUGCAAAGAGCAGAUAGAAAAACUGAGAGAAGUGGUCGAAACCCCUUUGCUCCAUCCAGAACGUUUUGUCAAUUUGGGUAUCGAACCACCGAAAGGCGUUUUAUUGUACGGACCUCCUGGUACCGGGAAAACUUUGUGUGCCCGUGCUGUUGCAAACCGUACAGAUGCUUGUUUUAUUAGAGUUAUUGGUUCUGAACUGGUGCAGAAGUAUGUAGGUGAGGGUGCCCGCAUGGUGCGAGAACUGUUCGAAAUGGCCCGUAGUAAAAAAGCUUGUCUGAUAUUCUUCGAUGAAAUAGAUGCCGUGGGUGGUGCAAGAUUUGACGAUGGAAUGGGUGGCGAUAAUGAAGUGCAACGUACCAUGCUUGAACUGAUUAAUCAGCUGGAUGGAUUUGAUCCACGCGGAAACAUUAAAGUACUUAUGGCAACCAAUCGACCUGAUACGCUUGAUCCAGCAUUGGUUCGGCCCGGCCGUUUAGAUCGCAAAAUAGAAUUCGCUUUACCAGAUCUAGCAGGUCGUACUCACAUCCUCAAAAUCCAUGCGAAACAGAUGAGUGUCGAAAGAGAUAUUCGAUAUGAUUUAUUAGCACGUCUUUGCCCUAAUAGUACUGGUGCUGAAAUUAGGAGUGUUUGCACAGAAGCCGGUAUGUUUGCAAUACGUGCGCGAAGAAAGCUUGCUACGGAGAAAGAUUUCUUGGAAGCCGUCAAUAAAGUGAUAAAAGGUUAUGCCAAAUUUAGUGCUACACCACGUUAUUUGACUCAUAACUAAGAUCUGUCUGGAAAUUCUCUAGACUGUGAUGACUUUUGAUUAAAACUUCGCAAUUUAAAAUAUUUAUGUACAUAAUCCGUUUGGCUUGAAUGAAUUUGGACAAUAACUUUUCAAAUGAAAACAAUCAAGAAUUUUGAAGGAUGUUCGUGAAAGUGGAUAACACGUUAGAAC